CAAAAAAAAACAAACACUUUUGCAACAUGACAUACCUAACUCACUCUUUGCUCUUCUUCUUCUCUUGCUUCUCUUUGCUUCUUUGUGUCUCCAUUGCUGGGAGCAGACCUGUUCAUGGUCCAGCCUAUACAAACCCAUCUGCUUUCUCUCCGGAAGCUUACGAUUUCUUCCACCCAAAAUCAUCAGUCCCUGAUCACAAUAACCCACCAAAAAACUCACCUUCUUCACCAUCGACAUCCUCACCUACACCUUCGCCUUCAAAGACAUCCAUCGUAGAAGCAGAUUCACAAGGAAGUACUAAAGUUUCAUCAGACGAACACACAACAAGUGAGAGUCGCAGAGAUGAAGAAGGACGAGGGGAAACCAUUGGAGUAGUGUUAGGCCUUUCUUUCGUAGCAUUUCUCUCUUUGGCAAUCUUCUUUGUGAUCAAGAAACGACGUGCUAGUAUGAUCCGCACUAUUGUGACUCACUCUGAUGCUUAAAUUAUCCACAACGAUACUUCUUUCUUUUCAAGUUCUUUUGUCAAUUCUUAUAUAAAAAAAAAAACUAUGUAGAAAGUUACAAUGUGUCGAAGAAGAGUAUUGAAUCCUAGGCGCUAUGGUUGAGUUUGUUUUAUCAAAGUUUUGGUAUAUUUCGGUUUGAAUU